AUGAGUAUUGCAACCAGUGUCCAUAAAGUUUCAGUCCAAAACGAAACAAAUGUAUUUUACAGAGAAGCUGGGUCACCAAAUAAACCAACUAUUUUGUUGCUUCAUGGUUAUCCAACUUCUUCUAACAUGUUUAGAAAUUUGAUUCCGCUUCUUGCCCCACACUUUCAUGUUAUUGCACCUGAUAUCCCAGGCUUUGGCUUUACAGAAUUACCAUCGUCAUAUAAGUAUGACUUUGCCAACUUGGCUGAUACAAUUGAUUUGUUUGUGCAAGCUUUAAAACUCAAGAAGUUUGCUAUUUAUAUCUUUGAUUAUGGUGCUCCUGUUGGGCUCAGGUUAGCCCUCAAAGAUCCUACCAGAAUUACUGCAAUUGUGUCACAGAAUGGUAAUGCCUAUGAGGAGGGUAUCGACGAUAGGUUUUGGAAACCAAUUAGAGAAUAUUGGAAAACUGACGAACACAACGCUCAAUUUGUCGAUGCCCUUUCAAAAUUUAUCGAAGACCCUGUAAAUAUUGUUAGUCAAUAUGUACAUGGCGUUAAAACCCCAGAUUCUAUUGAUCCAGGUGCGUAUCUACUUGAUGAAGCUCUUUUAAAGAGAUCUGGACAAACGGCAAUUCAACUAGGUUUGUUCUACGAUUACAAGACUAAUGUUGAUUUGUAUCCACAAUUUCAAAACUUCUUGAGAGGUUCAAAUAUUCCAGUUCUUUUAGCGUGGGGUAAGAAUGACAUUAUUUUCAAUGUUGAUGGAGCCGAAGCUUAUAAAAGAGAUGCAAAAAAUUUGAAAAUUGUGUACUUUGAUACGGGACAUUUUGCUCUUGAAAGUCAUGUCGAAGAAAUUUCUAAAGAAAUUGUUGAAUUUGUGGUUCCCCAGCUUUAA